ACGCCAAAAUGUGCGGCAGAUUGGCCAGACGAAUGCAUUGAUUUUUGUCUCCAUGUGUUUGCUACUUUGGGCCUAAGCGGUUAUUAUCGAUUGAUAAUGUUUAUGCUUGUGCGUACAUGAGCAUAGAAUAUGUGAAAAAGAAAAUAACAACAAAGAGAAUACAAACAAAAAUCUGGCAUCUUAAUACCGUCAAUUCUGACCGGCUGUUUACAGCUGUUCGCGUGAGACCACCUAUUUAAAUCCGCCUUGAGGACUAAAAUAAAACACUGCAAAAUUAUAUGCCAGUUCUUAUUUUGGGAAAUCGACUUCUCCUAUAAAUAUGAGAGUACCCUGCCUAGUCUUUGUAUGACAUCCCUAUCCUCUACGUCUAGGUGGCAUUCCGAUUUUUUGACAUUUCCAUAGCAUUUCACGCACACAUUCAUCUAUGUGUUUGAAUAUCAUUUUCAAACGGUUCAUUUUCUUGUGCAGACAUCUCUUACUACAUUUUCCAAUUUACCUAUAUUCAAGGAAUAACAUUUUCCCUAGAAAAUGUACAAAGCCCCAAGCUCUGGCCUCAGGGAUCAGCUGAAAAAUAAAGCCGGACAUGCCAUUUCAUCGGAUUAUCAAACCCAUUCAGCAGGGCAAAUGGCAAACAAGAAUCAUAUUGGCGGGAGUAGUAUUUCAAGCAACCAUCAAAGCCAGCGAAGUACUAAUAAUAAAAAGCCACCAGAAAUAGUAACCAAAACAAGUGCUAAUAAUGUUGGGCAAUGUAGCAAAUCCUCGUCUACCAAUGUUCAGAGGAAUGUGCCUUCAACAUCCAAAACAACAUCGUCGGUAGCAAAAGUUGAGGGUUGGAGAAAAAAUCUACCUUCGGCACAAGCUGCGACUACGGUGGGUAAAUCACAAAAUAAGGAGAAUAUAUCCGAGACAAACAGUUCAAAUAAGGAAGAGCACAAGGCGGUAAAUUCCAAAGCUGUGGUGGGUGAUGCAUGGAGGAAGAAUGCUGCGCAAGUGCAGACAGGGACAAGUAAAGCAGCAACUUCUAAGGAAAAUAAUGCAAAACCUCAUGAUAUGGGCAAUGAAAAAGGGACUAUCGCAAGUUGCAGUGGUGAAGGAAAUAAGAAUGAACCAAAAAAGGAUAAUAAAAAAGUAUGGUCUCUGGCAAAUUUUGACAUCGGACGUCCGCUGGGUCGUGGCAAAUUUGGUAAUGUUUAUCUGGCCCGAGAAAAGGAAUCAAAAUUUGUGGUAGCCCUCAAAGUUUUGUUCAAGCAACAAAUACAUGAAUCAAAUGUGGAGCAUCAGGUACGUCGAGAAAUUGAAAUACAAUCGCAUUUGCGACAUCCGCACAUUCUACGGCUAUAUGGAUAUUUUCACGAUGAAGCACGCAUAUAUUUAAUAUUGGAAUAUGCUCCAAAGGGUACACUGUUUAAAGAAUUGCAAUCUCAGCCCUUAAAACGAUUCGAGGAACGGCAAUCGGCAAUAUAUAUAAAAUCGUUAGCCUCUGCUUUGCAGUAUCUACAUGAAAGAGAUGUAAUACAUCGUGAUAUAAAACCAGAAAAUUUACUACUGGGCCAUAAGGGUGAUUUAAAAAUAGCCGAUUUUGGGUGGUCAGUGCAUGAACCACAUUCUAUGCGCACAACUUUGUGUGGCACCUUGGACUACUUGCCGCCCGAAAUGGUUAAGGGUAAACCACACACAAAGAAUGUGGAUCUUUGGAGUUUGGGUGUAUUAUGCUAUGAGCUGCUGGUGGGCCGUGCACCUUUUCUGGCUACUGACUAUGAUGGUACAUACAAGAAGAUAAUCACAGUCGAUUAUAAAUUACCCGAUCAUGUGACAAAAGCUGCAGCCCAUUUCAUAUCGAAGCUAUUGGUGCUAAAUCCCCAACAGCGCUUGCCAUUAGACCAAGUGCUUAUGCAUCCUUGGAUAUUGGCCCACACUCAGUAGUGAUUGACGUGUUGCAUGUUGAACUAACUGAUUGACUGAUAUAUAUUAAACAUACCACAAUAUUUCAUUAUUAAUUUAUCAAUUUUUUUGUGAGUGCCAUCAUCAUUGUAACACACGCACGCACACCAACCUUAUAAUUUUAAUUGUUAAUUUCUCUAUUUGCUAUGUUUUU